CGCGCUCCCGGCGCGGCGGUGACGCAACGCAGGUGAGGGCGGUGGGCGGUGUGGCUCCCGGCGCGGAGCGGCGCCUCCCGGAAGCGAGGCCCGCGUUGCUGACCCCGCCGGCUCUCCGAGUCGGCCGUGAUGCGCUCGGUUCACGGCUCCCCGCCCUCGGGAGCCUUCACCGCUGCGUCAGGCGCUGCAGAACAGGAGGGCUCUGGCUGCGGGAGGACCCCCUUGUUUUUGUGAUGGCGGAUGAGGACUGACUCCCAGAACACUGGCCAACCUCUGACCCGUCAGCAUGGGAAGGAUUGGAAUCUCCUGUCUAUUUCCUGCUUCCUGGCAUUUUAGCAUCUCUCCAGUGGGAUGUCCUCGAAUUUUGAAUACCAAUUUACGCCAAAUUAUUGUUAUUAGUAUUCUGGCUGCUGCUGUUUCACUUUUAUACUUUUCUGUCAUCAUAAUCCGAAAUAAGUAUGGGCGACUAUCCAGAGACAAGAAGUUUCAAAGGUACUUGGCACGGGUUACUGACAUCGAAGCUACCGACACCAGCAACCCCAAUGUGAACUACGGUGUCGUGGUGGACUGUGGCAGCAGCGGGUCUCGGGUGUUUGUCUACUGCUGGCCCAGGCACAACGGCAAUCCCCGUGACCUGCUGGACAUCAGGCAAAUGAGGGAUAAACACCGAAAGCCAGUGGUUAUGAAAAUAAAACCAGGCAUUUCAGAAUUUGCUACUUCUCCAGAGAAAGUCAGCGAUUACAUUUCUCCACUCUUGAACUUUGCUGCAGAGCAUGUGCCGCGGGCAAAACACAAAGAGACACCUCUUUACAUUCUUUGCACAGCUGGAAUGAGAAUCCUUCCUGAAAGCCAGCAGAAAGCCAUCCUGGAAGACCUUCUGACUGACAUCCCUGUGCACUUUGACUUUCUGUUUUCUGAUUCUCAUGCUGAAGUAAUUUCAGGGAAACAAGAAGGUGUGUAUGCUUGGAUCGGCAUUAAUUUUGUCCUCGGACGAUUUGAGCAUAUUGAAGAUGAUGACGAGGCUGUGGUGGAAGUGAACGUUCCUGGGAGUGAAGGCAGUGAAGCCAUUCUCCGCAAAAGAACUGCCGGUAUUCUCGACAUGGGAGGCGUGUCGACUCAGAUAGCAUACGAAGUCCCCAAAACUGUAAGCUUUGCCUCCUCACAGCAGGAAGAAGUGGCUAAGAACUUGCUGGCUGAGUUUAACCUUGGAUGUGAUGUUCAUCAGACUGAGCAUGUGUACCGAGUCUAUGUGGCCACAUUUCUUGGGUUUGGUGGCAAUGCUGCCCGGCAGAGAUAUGAAGAUAAGAUAUUUGCCAACACAGUUCAAAAGAACAGGCUCCUGGGGAAGCAAACUGGUCUAGCUCCUGAUACUCCGUACCUGGACCCCUGCUUACCCCUAGACAUUAAAGAUGAAAUCCAGCAGAACGGACAGACCAUGUACCUGCGGGGAACGGGAGAUUUUGACCUGUGUCGACAGACUCUCCAGCCUUUUAUGAACAAAACUAAUGAGACGCAGACUUCCCUCAAUGGGGUCUACCAGCCCCCGAUUCACUUCCAGAACAGCGAAUUCUAUGGCUUUUCUGAAUUCUACUACUGCACUGAGGACGUGCUGCGAAUGGGAGGAGACUACAAUGCUGCCGCAUUCACCAAAGCUGCGAAGGAUUAUUGUGCAACAAAGUGGUCGAUCUUACGGGAGCGUUUUGACCGAGGACUAUAUGCCUCUCACGCUGACCUCCACAGGCUAAAGUAUCAGUGCUUCAAAUCCGCCUGGAUGUUCGAGGUGUUCCACAGCGGCUUUUCGUUUCCCGUCACCUAUAAAAAUUUAAAGACCGCCUUGCAAGUUUAUGACAAGGAGGUUCAGUGGACCCUUGGAGCAAUCCUCUACAGGACCCGCUUUUUGCCCUUAAGAGACAUCCAGCAGGAGACCUUCCGGGCCAGUCACGCUCACUGGCGGGGCUUCUCCUUUGUCUACAAUCACUACCUGUUCUUCGGCUGCUUCCUGGUGGUCCUGCUCGCCAUCCUUCUCUACCUGCUGCGGCUCCGGCGCAUCCACAGGCGGAUGCUCCGCAGCGGUUCGGCCGCGGCCCUCUGGCUGGAGGAGGGCCUUCCAGCCCAGAAGAUUGCGGGCCCCUUGUGAACACAGACAAGAGGGAGAGAGCCCAGGAAGACUGUCUAAAGGAAAAGCCAUUUUUGCCUCAGGGUUUCUUCUCUUUGUGUUUGGUUUUAUUUUUCCUUUCUCUUUUUGUUUUUUGAAACAAAAACGAAUUACAUCGUUUAUAAACUCUGCUGUCCUGGAAGAA